GCCUGCGCGACCGGAAAAUUCGCGAAGGUUCCUGAAAUGGAACUGGUCGUUUCCGGAAGCCAGAGGCUGCGGCGGCUGAGAGACCCGCGCGGGGACCGGGGGGCGGUGAGCGCGGCCGGUGGCAUCUCCUGGGGUCGGGGUCGGGCCUGCGACGGCGGAGACAGACGAUGGCCUUGCUGUGCUACAACCGGGGCUGCGGCCAGCGCUUCGAUCCCGAGACCAAUUCCGACGAUGCUUGCACAUACCACCCAGGUGUUCCGGUCUUUCAUGAUGCAUUAAAGGGUUGGUCUUGCUGUAAGAGAAGAACAACUGAUUUUUCUGAUUUCUUAAGCAUUGUAGGCUGUACAAAAGGCAGACACAGCAGUGAGAAGCCCCCGGAGCCUGUCAAACCCGAAGUCAAGACUUCAGAGAAGAAAGAGCUCUCCGAGUUGAAACCUAAAUUUCAGGAGCACAUCAUUCAAGCCCCAAAACCAGUAGAAGCAAUAAAAAGGCCCAGCCCAGAUGAACCAAUGACAAAUUUGGAAUUAAAAAUAUCUGCUUCCCUAAAACAAGCACUUGAUAAACUUAAGCUGUCAUCAGGGAAUGAAGAAGAUAAGAAAGAAGAUAGUGAUGAAAUUAAGAUUGGAACCUCAUGUAAAAAUGGAGGAUGUUCAAAGACAUAUCAGGGUCUACAAAGUCUAGAAGAAGUCUGUGUUUAUCAUUCUGGAGUACCUAUUUUUCAUGAGGGGAUGAAAUACUGGAGCUGUUGUAGAAGAAAAACUUCUGAUUUUAAUACAUUCUUAGCCCAAGAGGGCUGUACAACAGGGAAACACAUGUGGACAAAAAAGGAUGCUGGGAAGAAAGUUGUUCCAUGUAGGCAUGACUGGCAUCAGACUGGGGGUGAAGUCACCAUUUCAGUAUAUGCUAAAAAUUCACUUCCUGACCUUAGUCGAGUAGAAGCAAAUAGUACAUCGUUAAAUGUGCACAUUGUAUUUGAAGGAGAGAAGGAAUUUCAUCAAAAUGUUAAAUUAUGGGGUGUGAUUGAUGUAAAGCGAAGUUACGUAACUAUGACUGCCACAAAGAUUGAGAUCACCAUGAGAAAAGCUGAGCCUAUGCAGUGGGCAAGCCUUGAACUGCCUGCAGCCAAGAAGCCGGAAAAACAACAAGAAGAUAGAACAGAUUGAGGGAAGAGGGGAAAGAAGCUAUUCCCUGUUUCAGAAUUCUCACUGUGUGAAGCGGUGGCCCGCUGCUGUCGUCUUUAGUCGUGUGUUAUUUCUGAAUCUGGCAUUUCAGGGUCAAGAUUAGUUUUUUUUUAAAGCCAAAGUCCGUUUACUUUUUUGUGCCUCCCAUCUUCCUUUUGAGUUAUAUAAGAUUGGUUAUUCAUUUCUCAUUUACAGUACCAUGGUUGUGUCCUGCACUUGAAGAAGCUGGAAUAUGGCUCAUACACAGAGCGUCAGAGUUUUUUUCACAUCUAUCCUACCAUAAUUAGUAAAGCAAGAUGAAACGUUAUAUUUUUAAACAGUCUUCUCAUGGAUUUUACGUUCCUCUGAUACUUGAAGAUACUUGAGAUGAAGCUCUACCUUUUUUUAUGUGGCAUUGAUCACUUUUUAAGGAGGAAGAGGUGGUAUAGCUACAGGAGAAGAUGUGUAUUGGUUAACAAAUAAGAAUUUGUUUACAACUAACUGACUUUCAAAAUUACAUCAAACUUACAUUACUUGGCAAACAUGAUUUAAGAGUAUAGGAAACAAAUGGAAUUGCAGGGGUAUCAAUUUGGUUAAAAUUCACCAUUUUGUAAAACAAAAUAAUAAUGUUAAAAAUCUUUUUUGAUGAUACCUCUGUAUGCUGGUAUGACUAAAUUGUACCUGAUUUACAGAUUAAACCCUCUUAAAAACUUUGUUACAUAUAAAAUCCUCCCUAAUGGAAAACUGUAUCUAUAAAAUCAUAGACUUAAAAGGUUUGUGGAAAUACAUUAGGGUGUGAGAAAAUUAAAUGUAGGAACUUAACUGAAUGACAACUAUUAUGUGUUAAAUAGCUUCUUUUGGAAUUGUUUUAAGGUUUUCAUGAAGAGCUUCACAAUUCUAGUGAUACAAUGUUGAUUAUAUGUUGUUUUUAUUUAUAUUAAAUAUGUGACAAAAUUAGAUUGUUUAUACUAAGUUGAUCCAUUUUUGAUCCAGCAAGAGCUAAAAACAAAAUCUAAAAUUAAGAAAUGUUAUGAAAGCCAGACUGUGGCAGAAAUUUGGGGAUUAAUUGGGCUUAUAUAUAUUAACAAUGAAAAAAGUUUGUUUCUCAAACUCCUUGAAUGUUUUCCAGUUCUUGGUAUUAGUGGAAUUCUUCUAAAGAAAAAAUUUACAUAAGUGCUAUCUUAGUUAAUAAAAUGUAUGUAUCAUUUUAUUACCCUUAGCAGAUGACAAUUAGAUGUAGUCAUAUAAUUAUUAAAAGGUUUAGCUUUUACAAAUAAAGAUGAAAAAAUCUGGCAACCACACUUACAUGACAUUAAAAUGUCAUUACAGAUUUUUAGCAGUAAAAUUUGUACCCAAAUAGAACGCAUAAAUGUCUAGUAUUAGAGAUGUAUUUAAAAUUUUAAAAGAAAAUCUUCUAUGAUUUAGUAAUUGUUCAUUUCAGAGACAUGAAGCCUUGUUUAUUGUUGGGGGGAAGUUGAUAAUUUGAUUAUAGGUAAUGUUUAGAAUACCUUUUUAAUGCUUCUUUUUUGAGGCUGUUUUCCCCUGAACAAUAUCUGUUAUAUGUGAUUGAACUGUUAUUUAAAGCAAGUGGAUUAUUGUAACCUCGGAUUUAGUUACAAAGCACUGAUUUUUUUUUUUAUGCAGUUUAUGUAUUUAGUUUGGUUACGUUUGUAACCAUCUUAUUUUGUUUCUUAUUCCUAAGAGUUUUGAAUUCGUUGCCCAGACAAAAAUAUAAAUGAUAUUUAUCUUAGAUGAUGUAUAAAGGGACACAGUUAUUAGGUAGAAUUUGCUUUAUUAUCAGUUUGUCAAGUUAAUAAAAAAAAAUUGUUUACCU